GAGCAAUUGCCCCUUCAAACAGCCUGGCCCUUGAUGCACUGCAAUGCAGGAUGGCUGGGAGGACUCUGUGCCGUUGGUUCGCACUAGAGCUGCAAACGCAAGCGCCGCGAGCGCCGCGAGCGCCGGCUGCGCGGGCAAAGACUUGAAUUUAUUGACUGCCUCCUACCCCUGGCGAGUCGAUUCGGAGGAUCUAUGGGCCUGGCGCAAGCGUGCGGUGGGCUUGAUGAAGCAAAUGCGGAAGGGGCCAGAGAAGGAGCAGCUGGACAUUGGCACUGACAUGGUGCGCUUGAUUUCUGCACAAGAGGAAGUGGAAGAGAUCAUAAAGUUUAGGCUUUCCAGAUCAGGUAUCCGCCCAAGCGAGCUUCCCAAGAAGAGAAGAACGGCAUCAAGUGCGCCAAUCAGAGGUGCAGCGGUCAACAACCUGACAGGCCAGCCUGAACAGAAUGAAUACAUAGACGAGCUGCUGGCAGAAUCGGCACUUCCUUCGGGACAUGAAGUUCCAGAGCAGCCUGCGCGAAAGCGUCGGCUUUGGACAUAUGAACAAUUUGAGCAAAUCGAGCCGGGUGCAGCUGAGGCGGAGAGGGAACUUGAUGAGGAGAGGCAAGAUGAGGAGGAAGAAGAUCAUUUUGAGGAGGAGGAAGAAGAUCAUUUUGAGGAGGAGGAGGAAGAUGAGCAGGAGAAGGAGGACGAGGAGCGAAUCCGCAGCGAGAAUGAGGAAGGCGCUCGCUCCGAAGCCAAUGCCCAGCUUGCAAUUGAAGAAGAAGAAGCAAAUUUGCCGACGUACAAAGAGCUGUUGCUAGAUCGUUGGCGGCAAUGCAGUGGCACGGCCAGUGGAUCCUUGUUGCUGAACGUCUCCCAGACCAUCGUUUGGAAGAGGGUCGGCCACCAACGAGUAAAUACCGUGCUUGGCAGCCCUCACAAGAGGUGGCUCAACAAGAUCAUGUCUCGAUACUGCGAGAACUAUCCCUCCAGCCAGCGGUCCGAGCGCGAGUGCGUCACGCCAUGCCUCAAAGGCAUUCCUGAGGACGUGGAGCGGGUGGGUCAGGAGGAGGUGGUACUCACUGUGGUGCUGUGCGAGCCCAAAAACGGCUGCAAGGACCAGGAGUAUGACGUCCUGGCGAGCCAAACGCUGCAUGAGCUGAAGGACGCAUUUUACUUCCUGACGGACUGGAUGCACGAUGGCCCCACGCGCUUGGACUCCGGGUGCAUGUACAUCGACGGCGCGUUUUACUCAGACAUGAGGCACGAGUCCUCGGUCGAUUAUGCGGAGAACCUCAUCGACUGGAUCAGGUCUUUGGGGCACAUGAAACUGAGAGAGGAGCCGUCUCGCAGUAUGGCGACUCGUCUCUGCGAUCUCCAGAUUCCAUUCGGAGAGCAAUGCUGCUACAUUAGCCAAGGGGACGUGGAGCAUCACAUGUACUUCACAGGUGCACGUUUGGUGAACUUUGGCUGCGAAUGCCCCCUGCGCGAAGCUUACCCGUGUUUGAUCUACAUGCGAAAGUUUCAAAAGCAGUACUGUAUGGUAUGCACCCAGAACUUGGCGCUUUGGUCCGUGCACGGGUCUUCCAAAUGCCCCUUCGACCCUUGUAUGUUCUGUCACCUUUGCUUCCAGCACUUCUUUCAGGACAAGGAUGGCGAGUUGAUCCCACCAGUGGACUUCAAAGUAUUUCCACAUCUCCACGAGCCAUGAAGUGGACGCGCCAGCGGGCU